UACUUCCCAUUUCGCAGAAGAUCACGAUUGACACGCUUAUUCUCAUUCAAUGCGUCACUCAUGAUCCUGCAUGAAAUUAAAAGAAAAAUAAACCGACUACCAUAUACAGCUGAUUUCGUUUUAUUUUUUAGUACGCACAUAUGUUUUCGCCCUGUGUAAUGUAACUGUAUUUCUCCCCGGAAAAAAUAGGUCACCCCCCCCGUUUUUUCUUUCUUUCUUUCUUUCAGAGUACGAGUUCAGUUGAGUUGACUCGUUGAGCUUAAACGACUCGACUCGUUGAGCUUAAACGACUCGACUCGUUCCCCUCUUCUUCUGCUCGAAUCGAGCGACUUCACUGACACACCGUUGUUUUAGGCGUUGAUCUCGAUUUUGGUUACUGUUACUGGAGUAAUCAUGAACAAAACACCGAUUCUUGAAAUUGAACCCAGGGAACUCAAAUUUACAUUUGAAUUGAAGAAGCAAAGUUCCUGUUCGGUUCAGGUGACUAAUAAUACCUAUCACCAUGUCGCUUUUAAGGUCAAAACGACGUCGCCUAAGAAAUAUUCAGUGCGGCCUAAUGUUGGAGUUCUCGCGCCAAAAUCUACUGCUGAAUUCAUAGUUACAAUGCAAGCCCAACGGGUAGCCCCUGAAGAUUUGGUGUGCAAGGACAAGUUCUUAAUCCAAAGCACACUGGUCGCUGCUGAAAUAACCAGUGAAGAUGUAACUUCCAGCUUGUUUGUCAAAGACGGAAUGAGAUAUAUAGAAGAAAAUAAGCUGAAGGUGGCCCUGAUCAGCCCACCUGAUUCACCAGAACCAGUUCCUGUUAAUGAAGACUCCAAGAAUGGGUUUGAUCAUGAAAAAUUUCAGAUACAUAGUAAAGAUGAAAUCCUAUCUCCUGAACCCAUGGUUCUUAAAAAUUCAGAGCAUAAUAAGGUUCAUAAGGUAGAGCUUGAAGAGGAUACAGAGUUGAAGGUAGAAUAUGAUAUGAGGUUGGACGCUAUAAAGAAUGUAGAGGAGCUAGUAGAAGAAGCAGGGUUGAAAGUGUCAAGAGAUGAGGAGUUGAAUUCUGUAAAGGGUGUAGAGGAAUUGAAGCCACAGAAAAAAAUAGAGGAGUUGAACUCAGUAAAGGGUGUAGAGGAACUGAAGCCACAGAAAAAGAUAGAGGAGUUGAACUCAGUAAAGGGUGUAGAGGAACUGAAGCCACAGAAAAAGAUAGAGGCGCGAGUGUCAAAAGAUCUGGAUUCAAUCACAGUAAAGAAUGCAGAAGAACUGAAACCAAGAAAAGAAGCAGAGAUGGUGUCAAAAGAUCUGGGUUCAGUCACAGUAAAGAAUGCAGAGGAACUAACACCAGGAAAAGAAGCAGAGUUGAAAGUGUCAAAAGAUCAUCUGACCAUAGUAAACAAUGCAGAGGUGCUGAAGCCAGAAAAAGAAAGAGAGUUAAAAAUGUCAAAAGAUAUGGCGAUUAAGACAGUAAAGAAUGUUGAGGAACUGAAGCCAGAAAAAGAAGCAGAGUCAAGUGUUUCAAAGGGUAUAGAGGAGCUGAAACUACUGGAAGCCAUCGAAGAGAUGAAGUUAAAACUAGAUGGACUUGAGUCAAAGCUGAAUGAGUCUGGAGUAACAAUAUCAAAGUUAACAGAGGAGAGGAGGUUAAGCAAUCAAGAUACAAAGAUCUUGCAAGAAAAACUAGCAGAUCUUAUUAACAAAGGUCCAAGAAAAGUUCAAGUUGGGUUCCCACUUCUUUAUGUCUGUAUGGUGGCACUUAUCUGUAUCUUCUUGGGAUACCAUUUACAUUGUUGAUAUCUGGGGGAUUGAUCAGUCAAGAAGAUACUGACGUUUUGAACUGCCUCAAGUUUGUUAUAGCAGAAGUUUAGGCAUAAUUCUACUUAAUAUCUAUAAAUAUAAUCGGGGCCAUCUGUCUAUACCUGAGGUCAGUGAUGUUCCAUCUGAUCUGUCUAGCCCAUAAUCUUGUACUUCUUGGCGUUUGUAUAUGCAGAAUUACGCACUUGUAAAGGUACAGAUAAUAGGAGAUAUAUAGCGGUCAUGAAAAUGACUGACGAGAUUAGUGGAAAACUGGAAAAUGUUAUGUAAGCUACUUAAGAUUGUUUUCCUUUUUCCUGUCAACUCAAACGUGAUCAGUGAUUUUGUUGAGUCGUGGCAUUAGUGAAUACCAGCCGUGAUAGAGCAUCUAAUUUGAUUA